AUGUUGAGAUUACCGAUCGCGCGGGCCACCGGCCUGGCGGGUGGAAGGCACUGCGCCGUCGGUUUCCACACGACGUCCAGCAAGUCGCAGCAGGAGCUGGUCGAGGUCUUCAUCGACGACAAGCCUGUGCAAGUGCCACCGGGAACGACGGUCCUGCAGGCCGCCGCCAAGGUGGGAGUUGAAAUACCAAGAUUCUGUUAUCAUGAACGUCUUGCCGUAGCUGGAAAUUGCAGGAUGUGUCUUGUUGAAAUAGAGAAGCAAGUCAAGCCGGUUGCUGCGUGCGCUAUGCCAGUGAUGAAAGGUUGGAGAGUGAAAACCAACUCCGACCUGACACGGAAAGCCCGCGAGGGUGUUAUGGAAUUUCUGUUGGUUAACCAUCCGCUGGACUGCCCAAUCUGCGAUCAGGGCGGCGAGUGCGACUUGCAGGAUCAAAGUAUGGCUUUCGGAACCGACAGGAGUAGGUUCGUCGACAUUAACUUCUCCGGAAAAAGAGCAGUGGAGGACAAGGACAUGGGGCCGUUAAUUAAGACAGUUAUGACACGCUGCAUACAUUGCACAAGGUGCAUUCGAUUCGCUUCGGAAGUAGCUGGUAUUGACGACUUGGGAACCACAGGUCGUGGCAAUGAUAUGCAGGUGGGGACAUAUGUCGAGAAAAUGUUCUUGUCAGAAUUGUCUGGCAAUAUCAUCGACCUCUGUCCAGUGGGUGCGCUAACUAGCAAGCCGUAUGCGUUCGUUGCUCGUCCAUGGGAGACACGUCGUACUGACAGUAUUGAUGUUCACGAUGCCGUUGGUAGCAAUAUAGUUAUCACUCACAGAACUGGAGAGGUCCUGAGAAUACUACCAAGAGUGAAUGAGGCGGUGAACGAGGAAUGGCUUUCGGACAAAGCCCGUUUUUCGUACGAUGGACUCAAAAGGCAAAGACUCAUUACGCCAAUGAUGAAGAUCAAUGGAAAAUUGCAAGCUGUGGAUUGGGAGGACGCACUUAUCGCUGCUGCUAGAUCUCUAGCGAAUGUGCCGGCGGACAAGUGCGCUGCAAUUGCUGGAAAAUUGACGGACGCGGAAGCCCUGAUCGCUAUGAAAGAUUUAGUGAACAAACUGGGCAGCGAGGGACUAGCCACGGAACAAUGCUUCCCGAAGGACGGCUCGGGCAUCGAUCUCAGGAGUAGCUACCUUCUGAAUAACACUAUCGCCGCAGUUGAAGACGCGGACGUUGUAGUAUUAAUCGGCACAAAUCCAAGAUAUGAAGCACCACUAAUAAACACUCGUCUCAGAAAGGGCUAUCUACACGGUGAACAAACAGUUGCUCUUAUUGGCCCGGACGUAGACUUAACAUAUGAACACGAGCACUUGGGAGAGUCUUUCGAUAUAAUAACGAAAUUGCGAAACGGCUCGCAUCCGUUCUGUGCGACUUUGAAAGAGGCUAAGAAGCCACUUGUUAUCUUGGGCGCUGAUCAGCUAACUCGAAAGGACGGGGCUAAGAUUCUCUACGAAACGCAAGAAUUAACUAAGGCUUUAGGAGAUAACUCAAAAGCUCCCCAGGAUUGGAAGAUCUUGAACAUAUUGCAUACAAAUGCAUCUCAAGUCGCCGCCUUAGAUAUUGGCUACGGCUCAACCGUAGAAGAGAUCAAGGGGCAACAACCGAAAGUUCUGUUCCUUUUGGGUGCUGACGAUGCAAAUAUUACGAAGGAAGAUUUCCCAAACACAUUCAUCAUUUAUAUAGGAAGUCACGGUGAUGCUGGAGCAGCCAUUGCGGAUGUUGUAUUGGCUGGAGCAGCGUACACCGAAAAAGUCGCAAGUUACGUUAACACUGAAGGUCGCUCCCAAGAAACGUGCGCGGCACUUACACCACCUGGCUUAGCGCGUCCAGAUUGGAAAAUCAUUCGCGCUCUUUCCGAGAUGGCUGGAAUUACUUUGCCCUAUGACAAUCUAACCGACGUAAGAUCCAGGCUCGAAGAGGUCGCGCCUCAUCUGGUCAGAUAUGGCGAUGUCGAACCAGCUAAUUUCUUUACGCAAGCUUUGGAGAUAGCCAAGCAACAGUCCGGAGGAUCAUUCUUAUCAGACCCUGUGGACAUCAAACAUAAGACGUUAGAUCAGUUCUUUAUGACUGACGUAGUAUCGCGAGCGUCUUUAACCAUGGCGAAGUGUGUUCAAGCGGUCAUGAAACAACGGCAAAGUGCAGUAUAAGCCAUCCAAUGUUCCACUGGAUAAAAUUCUCACCUGCUAGUUACUUGAUAUUACUGGCUAGAUAUUAUGACAUCCCACAGUCAGUGACAAAAAAAUUUACAGGAACGUUAAAGAGAACCAUCAAGAAGCAUGUAUUUAUAGAGCUCUGUAUAUUAAACUGCUGAAAAUGGGAAUUUACAAAUGUUGUCCCUGUCAGUCCCAUUAAUUGUACAUUCGUUAGUAGAUUAGUUAAGCUAUUUAAAAUAAAUAUAA